AUGAAGCUUGUCGCUAUCAUCGCCACUGCGCUCUUCUGCGCCACUCCCCUGGUCGCUUUGCCUCGAGGCCAGCCAGAGGGAACUUCCCUCAACCCUGCGCAGCCAAGGGGAGUUCUCUUUGAUCCGAAGGACUCCCCCAACCCUGUUCAUCGCAGGUACGCUCCCUGUGUUUGUGAUGGCGACGACGGCGAGGACUGCUGCGACUCCAGCUCUGUUCGUCGCUCUGUUCGUAAAAGGCAAGACGAAUGCGACCCGGAUGUGGACGACGACUGCUGCGAUGACGAUGACGAGGAGUGUGACUCUGCUUCUCUUCGUCGAAGGCAAGAUGAAGAAUGCGAUCCGGAGGACGACCCCGACUGUGUUUGCGAUGACAAUGGCGAGAACUGCUGCGAUCCGACUGUGGAUGACUGCGACGAUGGCGACUCCAGCUCUGUUCGUGAAAAGCGAGGCGAUGGAUGCGAUCCUUUUGUCGAAGAGGACUGUCUUUGCGACGACAGUGGCGAGAACUGCUGCAGGCAAGACUACAACGACGACGACGACGACAACGACGAUGAUGACCGCAAGUGA